AUGCAAAGAAACCGAAUGAGACCUCAGUUCUGGCCUGGAUACAAUCAUGUGUCCGCGCUGGCAGAGCCCCGAUUCCCGUCUCCCUAUCGUUGGCGCUUUCACACACCCGCAUUAUCCCGUCCAUUGUUUCAAAAUGGUUGGAUUUUGCGUGGUCCACCAAGAUCUUAUAAUUAUGCCUUCGAUCCGGUUCCUCAUCAGGCCCCUGGUCGGCCAGUUAGACGGCCUAUUUCCUCCCAAUCGCGUUCAUCUGCAUUUCGUUCCUGUAAAUACUACGCAAAAAAUAGGCGUCGUUCCCAUAAAACAUGGAAACCUGCCCUCAAUCCUAGCGACCCUCUGAAUCUUCAAGAUCUAAUGAAGGAGACGGAUCGUCGUAGAAUUGAAGGGCUGUCGCCCCCGCACGGUGAUUCCCGUCUUAAUACCCCCGCUCUGAGUAUCAAUGGUGAACCUGAUGGAACUAGUCCCAACUGGUUUGUGUUUAAGAACUUCGCGGCGGACGAGGUGGCAAGACGGGACCCGGAUGAUCGAAUUAAGGUUCUCAUGCCAGAGUGGUUCUCAAACAGUGAUGUUGCAGAUUACGGUUGUCACAAUGGUACAGUCACUUUCAAAAUACUCGAACAUUUUCCGGACGUAAACAGAAUCGAUGCCUUCGAUUGUGAUGCCGAGUUGAUUGAAAAUGCAAAAAGCUUACAAAGGGAGAAGAUUCGUUGGGCAGCCCAAACUAGUGCCAACUUUGAAAAAAUUAACUUUCAAGUUGCUGAUUGGAGUGAUUGUAUAUCCACGGAUGACGAUCCUACUUACAACAUCAUUCUCGCCUUCAGUGUUACUAAGUGGAUACACCUAAACUACGGUGAUGCUGGUUUAAUGCGGUUCUUUCGUCGUGUGUUCAAUCUGCUGAAACCAGGCGGUCAUCUUUUGCUGGAGCCUCAACCGAAGGCUUCCUAUAAGAACAGCAGGUUUACAAUUAAACAACAAGAGAACUACAAGGCAAUGACGAUUGACCCGUCCAACCUGGAGCCUAUUCUUCUUGAUAUUGGUUUUUCGUACUUUGACAAAAUCAAGGUUCCGCGGCCUAAUGAAUCCUUUCAGCGGUGUAUUAUGUUAUGCUCAAAGUCCUACGGCGCAACUCCCUCUUCCAUUCGUAACGACUGUCGUGAAGCGGCCCACCUUUGGAGAGGUUCUCCAAUAUUGUCUGACACAUUCGGGGCACCUGCAGGUCCGCCGCCUGUACGCUACUGCCCUCAGACCCCAAAUUAUUCCUCAAUAGUUUCCCCUGCAGUACUAGAUGCAUAUCCCACUUUCGAGUCCUCUGGUACUACCCCAAAUACCAUCCAUCUCGGCGACGUUCUUCAGUCUGCGAUUAUAUCUAGCACUGUGCCCUUCACAAAUUCUGAUUUAACUCCGGGUGAAGCUACACCUCCCCACCCACUGGAUAGCGAAGUAGGGGUUGCAAACUACUCCAACAUUUCAGCUCCUGACUCCACUUCUCAAAACUGA